UUUUUCAGAUUCUGUGUCUCUCAAGCGAUUGCAUUCUCCAGAGGUGGUACUUCCACUACAAUCUGACAGCCUCUACAUCCUUUUAUUUCCUCCAAGAAUGAGAGAAAAUCGUGGAGCCCGGUGACACUGAAGACAACUGCACCCGUGUUUGGACCUCUUAUAUCAGGCGGAUCAUCCUCAACCGGGCAGCGGAUGCCUGAAUGGAGAUUUGCAAGCCAUCCACCAAGAUUUCUCCGCUUCCUAAAUUGGUGAAUUUGGGCUGAUAAAUGGAGUGUUCUGUCGGACUACAUAAUGGCAUUAUGUUUUACGGAGGGUGUUUGACAUCGGAGCGACUGGCCAGAAUAACACCCUGCAGUGUGAAUAUUUCAGCCUGUUGAUGAUGAACCGCUCAGGACUGGAGCAAAGUGUCGUGAGAACCGCUUUAUGGCCCGUGUCUUGAGCUGAAGUGGACAUCCAGAUUGUUUAAGAAAGAGAGGAAGAAAAAAAAAGCAUAAUUUUUGAUGGCUCCGGGGUGGGGGAGGACGACUACACAUGAAACCUUGGACACAAAAAAUGGAUAAAACUAUUGCAUGAAGCUGACGUGGGGACUGCAUGGUGUGUUUUUUAGGCCUAGCCUACUUGAUAACAGUGAAGUUGAGAGAAAAUGAGAAAAUGGUGAUGUGGUACGAAGAAGGCGAGAAUAGGAGCCGGAGUGAGGAAUCAAAAUCGUCCAUGGGGAUCUGAGCAGCCCAGCUGAAGAAUAACGGAAUCCGAAUUUUCGAGGAUAAGACAGCUGCUUUGAUUAAAGACCUCCAAUUAACUUCAUGUGAAAAAGAGAGGGAGGAAAUCAGCUUCCUGGUCGGGGGGUGGGGGAUAGAGGGAUAUAUUAUUCAUGCCUUGUGUUAGAGCAAUUGAAGAACCGGCUUUGCUGUGGCCUAGAUGAUACAUAUAUAUGUAUUUAUAUAUAUAUAUAUAUAUAUAUAUAUGUAUAUAUUAAAAAAAAUAAACCUUAGGAGGAAAAGUGGACCUUAAAAAAAGAGGGCGAAUGACACUCUGGUAGCCUCAAAGUAAAGCACUUGCGCAAAAAAAAAAAAAAAAAGGCUGAAGUGGGUUGAAGCAUGGGCUGUGCUUCAAGUAUUCAUAUCUCUGAUAGGGUGGUCUACCACAGUGGAAAAGAGUCCGAGGAUUCCCACUCACCCCAGCAGACUAAUACCACUCAGCAUCAAGGAAAUCCUGCCUCGGGACUACCCAUAAAACCCCCGUGCUGCAAGGUGAGGGAACCUACAUUCAUUACAUUUUUUACAGAGACACAGGAACAAAAUGUGUGUGUGUUCAUCCAGUUUAAAGUUGUUCUGCAAAAAGCCUCUUUUGCAUAUGGAAAAGAGUCCGAGGAUUCCCACUCACCCCAGCAGACUAAUACCACUAGCAUCAAGGAAAUCCUGCCUCGGGACUACCCUAAAACCCCCGUGCUGCAAGAGGAGGGCAAAGGCUCAGCAUGGGCUGGAAAUGCUAUUUUCACAGCUCUAGAACAAAGCCAAGAGGCCAUAGAGAUCACUUCUGAAGAUCAAGUAAUUCAGUACGUGAACCCUGCCUAUGAGUCCAUUAUGGGCUACCAACGAGGCGAACUAAUAGGGAAGGAAAUAAUAGAAGUGCCUAAAAGUGAGAAGAAUAAGCCUGAUCUCCUUGAAACAAUAAAUUCCUGCAUACGGAAAGGAAAGGAGUGGCAGGGGAUUUAUUAUGCCAAAAAGAAGAACGGAGACAGCAUACAGCAAAAUGUGAAGAUCACACCUGUAAUUGGACAGGGAGGAAAAAUCAGACACUAUGUGUCUAUCAACUGGCCUUUACAUGAUAAUAAUAAGAGUGAUAAAUCCACUGAACGUGUGCAGGCAGAGUCUCAGACAGACAUCCAAUCUAGUAAGCACAAAGACCGGAGGAAAGGCUCUUUGGAUGUCAGAUCCACAACAUCUCGGGGGAGCGAUGGGAGCUCACAGCGAAGGCACUCCUCAAUGGCCCGAAUCCACUCCAUGACUAUAGAAGCCCCCAUCACCAAGGUAAUCAACAUCAUCAAUGCAGCGCAGGAAAGCAGUCCUAUGCCCGUGGCAGAGGCCUUGGAUCGGGUACUGGAGAUCCUGAGGACGACUGAGCUCUACUCCCCACAGUUGGGCACCAAGGAUGAAGACCCCCAUACGAAUGACCUCGUGGGGGGGCUGAUGAUGGAUGGUUUACGCAGAUUGUCAGGAAAUGAAUACAUCUUGGCCACAAAGCAGCCCCACCAUGUCCUCAGUCACCUCACAACUCCUCUGUCUUUAAACGACAUCCCCCCUCGUAUUGCCCAGACCAUGGAGAACGAGGACUCUUGGGACUUUGACAUCGUCAACUUGGAGGCUGCAACUAUGAAACGGCCUUUGACCUACUUGGGCAUGAAGAUCUUCUCUCGAUUUGGGGUCUGUGAGUUCCUAAACUGCCCUGAGGCCACUUUACGCUCCUGGCUACAAGUGAUUGAAGCUAACUACCACUCCAGUAACUCCUACCACAACUCUUCUCAUGCAGCUGAUGUCCUGCAUGCAACAGCAUAUUUUCUCGGCAAGGAAAGGGUCAAGCAAAGUUUGGAUCCCAUUGACGAGGUGGCUGCCCUGAUUGCUGCUACUGUGCACGACGUGGACCACCCAGGCCGCACCAACAGCUUCCUGUGCAAUGCAGGAAGCGAGCUGGCCAUCCUCUACAAUGACACCGCUGUGCUAGAGAGCCACCAUGCAGCACUGGCCUUCCAGAUCACAACAAGAGAUGAUAAGUGCAACAUCUUCAAAAACAUUGAAAGGAACGAAUAUCGAACACUACGACAGGCCAUCAUUGAUAUGGUGCUCGCAACUGAGAUGACCAAACACUUUGAACACGUCAACAAAUUUGUCAACAGCAUCAACAAGCCACUGGCUGCUCUAGAGGAGAAUGGGGGAAACAAUGACGAGGAAUCUGUCAAAAGCGUUCUGACAUCCCCCGAAAAUCGCAUCCUCGUCAAGCGGAUGCUGAUUAAGUGUGCAGACAUCUCCAAUCCAUGCAGGCCUCAGGAGCUCUGUAUAGAAUGGGCCGGACGCAUCUCAGAGGAGUAUUUUGCACAGACGGACGAGGAGAAGAGACAAGGUCUACCAGUGGUUAUGCCUGUGUUUGACAGAAACACGUGUAGCAUCCCAAAGUCCCAGAUUUCCUUCAUAGACUACUUCAUAACGGACAUGUUUGACGCAUGGGAUGCUUUUGCAGACCUCCCCAAUCUUAUGCAGCACUUAGACAACAACUUCAAGUACUGGAAAGGCCUGGAUGAGAAGAAGCUGCACAGCCUGCGACCGCCUCCGGAGUAGGCGCUGAAGUGUUCGGCCCUGGGACUCUGCAGUCCGGGGCAGCCCUCCUCUCUCCUGCUGGGGCGUCUCUCUCCCUGCCAGCCCAGCCAGCCAAACGGCAUCCUCGCCUUCACUCUUCUGCUUCUGUAGCACGCCGAGCGUCCACAUGUCCGUCCAUACAGAAACCACAGAAGGACUUCCUGACAGGCAGUUGCAGCUGGCUUGUCAGAUGAGAACUGUGACAAACAGACACGGACACACAGCAUCCUUAUAAACUUCUCGUGCCUCUCAGGCAUUCGCAGUGUAGCUGGUCAAGUGACAUGACUGAGAGAGGGUCCUUUACAGGCCUCCUGGCAAAGCAUCCGUCCCCUAAUUACCACGUGGGCACUCCUGUCUGCCUGUGAAGUUGCUGUUUGAGUAAAAACUGCUUGUUUACUGAAGGAGCAAGCAACACUGAAGGAAGUGGGUGGAAAUGUUGCCUGGAUAUGAAGGUGUCCAAUCCACGUCAGGCCAUAUAAUCACCUUUGACCUCCAUCCCUGUGCACACAGCAAGGCAGGACUGCUCCUUCUGCCCCCGGAGGCCACACCGUGAAAGAACACUCCACUGCUUUUUUAUUUAUUUUUUUUGGCAAUACUUUUAUGUGUCCUUCAGAAACACAAGUUAACACAUAGCUGUCAUAACAGACAUGUCGGAGGGGAUGCUUUCUUUUUGGGUCAGGCGUGGGUCUCUCUUUAGGCCACUGCUGAGAGAAAAAAACCUCAACAUCAUGAUCAUAAGUAACUAUUUACAGAUGAUUUGGUAUGUUAAUUCUUCUUAGAUGUUCCAUAUUUUCUAUAUAAAAGAAUUCAUGAAUGAAUUAGUUGAUAAGUAAGAACAAAAUUAAUUUUUAAAAAAAGAGAGAAAAGCCAAAGCUGAUGAAGACAAAUACUAUAACUCUCUAAAAUUCAAAAUUAUUAUUCAUACAAAGCAUUACCAUAUUAAACAUUUUUAUUUUCUUAUCAAAAGUACAGUACCAGUUUGAAUGAACACUUUUGUAUUGCACUGUAAACAAUAUUAGAAAUGUCUACGUCUCAGUGAUUUGUCCAGGGAUGGGAUGUUGCAUUGUAGAAUAAGCUGUUAUUGUUGAUCAUCAGGAGUUUGUGCGUGUGUGUGUGUGUGUGUCUGUGUGUGUGUGUGUGUGUGUGUGUGUGUGUGUGUGUGUGUACGUGUGGGUGUGUUUGGGUUGUAGGUGUGGGUGCGUGGGUGUAUUCAUUGUUGCAACAAUCCCUUCCUCUUGGUUUAAUGCUGUAAACCGCUUGACAUUUGACAACAGCAGAAAUAUGUGAAAACAUUUUGGACUUGAAAAAAUUUUCUCCCAGAAAUUUUUGUAUCUGGUUUAUCCUACUGAAAAGACUGCCUUAUUUUAUACAAUAUUUAUACAGUACAUCCCACUGUGCAACUGCAACGGACAUCUGGAGUUUUUAUUAUAACAUAGUCAAAAGGUUAUGUUCCAGUAAAUCUCAAUAUUUUUAUAGACAAUGACUUUUACACUGGAUUUGCAGCAAAUGAGAUCAACCAUUAUAGCUAUCUGAAUACCUGUGAAUUGGAUGGUCACACAGAGCAUGUAUACAGAGAAGUAAAUGGUUAAGAAGGAUGUGGAUCGCAGAGUUGUCCAUCACUGUCUUUAAGCAGUCUCCUAGAGGCCAGCUUGCAUUGAUUUUUGAUCAAACAUCAUUCUAUUUUGGCCACUUGUCCAACAUCCUUAUGCACAGACCCAGCUUUUUGUUCAAGGCUGGUUUCAGAUUAGGAUACUAAUAUAUGUUAAAGAUUGUUGCUUAUUAAGAAUAUUUCCUCUUUAAACAGUAUAUAAAAUGCCAUAACAGCUAAGCAAAUUAUGGUUAAUAAGAUGCAUUGACCAUGGUUAUCUUUGUUUCUCUCUUAUGACAGAAUUGUACUCUCAAUCAGGGGAUUUGUUUGUUCCUUCUGAUUCACAUCUUGGUCUGAAGGCACGGAAAAAAAUUAGAAACUAUUCAAUGAAAAAUAAAAUAAUGUCAAUUAUAAGUUUGCAGCCUAUUUCCUGCAAUGAUUCAACUUCUGUCCUCUUACUUCUGUCAUCUUUCUCUGUCUUUUUUCUCUCAUUUUUUAUUAGCCUACAGUGUGCCAUACAAAUGUGUUUAAUAUUUGCCAUGUCCUCAGAGUUUAUCUAGCUAUCGAACUACACCUCUAACUGUUCCUCUUUAGGUUACUUUUUUUUUAACUAUCUUAAUUUCUAGAGCAAUAUGAAAUAUUUAAAGGUUUUCAGUGUUCUGAACGUAGGCAAAAGAUUAAUCUCAACAUGGUGGCUCGCUUGGAUAUCUAUUGUACCUACUGUAAAAAGGACAAUAGAAAACAAAAUGAAACUCAUUUCACUUUUACUGAGAUGGCGUAUCGAACAAAUUUUUUUUUUUCUUCUUCCAGACUGUCCAAUUUGAACAUUAAAUGGUAGAAUACCAGAUCUCAACUGGGGUAGGAUAGGAACAGCCUUAUUUAACUCUUCGGAUCACUCCUCAUUUUGAAAACUUUUUUGAAAGAACACAUUAAAGCAAACUGCUUAGUGUAUUGAAUUAAUCCCUGGUGUGUUUAAUUGCCUAUGAGUUCAACUUUUCAUUUCUAAAAAGAAAACGUGUUAUUUCUUCUUUCAAAAGUUAAAUAUUCUCGCUUUAAGGUUAGGGUAAGGGAAGCAUCAUGUUUUGGAUUUAUCAAGGUUAGGAAAUAAUUGUGGUCAUGGUUAAAAGAAAACAAUAUUGGCUGUUGGUAGGAAAUGGGAAAUAAACAAUGGUCUACCAUGUCUAAAUCA